CAGUCCCCAGACAAAACAUGCGGCUGGUAGAGGUGGAGGUCGGGAGCCGGAGGUUCGAGGCCUCCGUGGUGCUCCAGCUGCUGCCGUCGCCAUCAUUCGUGCUCAAUCUCAAAUCGCCCGAGCAUUCUUACUUCGUGAAAGGCUUCGCGGGGUCAAGGGAGAGCGUGACACAGAUGGCGAGCGUGGAGUUUGGACAGAACCGUUUGCGCUACGGAGUCCGCCUGCAGAUGUCGACGCCGAAGCUGGAUGACCGCCUUGUGUGGAGUCCGUCUGCCUUCUUUCUGAUGCCGGAGAGCGGGGAAGCAGAGGUCAUGCGGGCGUUCCUCUCCCUCAAAGAGAACGCUUAUGGGUUUGCAUCGGAAUUCAGCUUCAGCACUUUAGGCGCCGUCGCUGACUACGUGAACCUCCAAAUUACCGGUCCUGUAACUACCUUCAGCCUUCCGCCAUAA